GGGCGUCUGACCAUUUUUAUAGUUAUAUUUAAAAAAAAAAAAUAAACAACGUGAAGCCAAAUUCAAAAUGAAACAAAAACUUGGCGUUUUCUUUGUUUUGCUUACAGUUGUUUUCGAAAUAACAGCAUUUACAGAAAUUAGCCUACCAAUGUCGGAAAUAAUAAAAGAUAACAACGAAAAACUAAAGAAACUGGCUCCACAUCUGGAAGGAUAUAGUAAACUCGGGGAAUACAAUAGCCGUUUCAUCGAUGCGUUAAAUUCGUUUAAGACAAUGAACAGCCAUCAGAUCGAGUUCGAUUCGAACGAAAUUACGGUAAUGACGUCCAAAGAUCACAGCGCUUCGUUGAUCAAAAAACAGUUUAUACAGUUGAAGUAUUUCAGAAAAAUGCAAGAUUUCCAAUGUACGCACUAUGCGAUUCUCCAGUGUUUGAUUCCGCACGUUAAGUAUUUAGCCGAGAGAUUAGUGCUGUGGGCGGAUUACGGUACGCCCAAAUUCAGUUUUCACGUAGUCAUGAAAUUCGUGUACGACAAUUUCUUGAAGACAACGUUCGAGGGCAACUAUGUGAUUUACACGUGGCUGUGGGAACUCUAUAUUAAACUGGUGGCGUUUUCGUAUUGGGAAGAUUGGUAUGCCGUUUUGACGGAAGACACUUUCGGAUUUGUCACGCUCGAAGCGAACCUGGACGAAUUAAUCGAACAGUGCCAACGUCACCGCUAUUUGAUCGAGGGUUACAAAGAAAAGUACAAUCUGAUCAACGUUGAAAACGAUUUCAAGUAUUUGCGCAAUGUAAUUAUGAAGUCGUAUUCCUUAAGCGUCGGCGCGCCCGGACAAGAGGAUUCCGACGAGUACGCCGCCGUCGAGCAAUUUUUCUUGAAACCGUUUUGGCGCGACAUCGGUUUAAUUUUUCUAGAAGUCCACGGUGUCCAAAUCCAAUGGGACACGGUGAAAAAAACUCUCAACGAACAACAGGACCGAGUGGAAUUGCAAUUUCAAAACGGCAGUUGGAUAACAAACCCGUACGACAAUGUAGUGUACCAACAUAUGUUUUUGGAUAUCAUCAAGGUGCACGUUCUGUGUCUUGUACGGUUGCAUUUGUUUGUGUAUCGCAAUCAGGACGACGGCGUUCGUUCGGAAAUCGACGAAAGUGAUUCGGCGUCGAAAAUCGUCGAAUCGCUUAAGUUGUUUAACGUUGGAGACAAAUUUUUAAACAGUCUGUUGGCCGUUUUUGUCAAUUUUGAAACGUUUAACCCGCACGAAUUAGACGACGUCAUAGGUCAGGUGCAAGACAAAACCAAAGCGAUUGUACUUGAAUGGAACGAAUUCGAUGGAAAAAAUCGAGAAUUAAUUUCCACGGACGAAAACUUGACUGAUAAGAAAACAACAUUGGACGAAAACACAAAUCAAACAGAAGACCGAGCGACCGUAACGACAAUGACGGACAAAGGAGUUUUUAUUGAAUUUGCAAAUAGCCUAGACACCGCAGUCUUACCAGAUGGCCCGGUUGAGUUUCUCGAAAUGAACGCUAUGAAGUUGCUUAAGUAUGUAAAUGAAAUAUCGUCAAAAUUGAAAUUCGCCGAUCUAUCCUUUUUUAUCAGUGGAAGCAAAAAAACACACCAAAUAUUUUUCCCAAACAGAUUGUAAUAGAAGUAAAACAAUAAGGGGCUAAGGGAUGAUCGUAGAUUGAAUAUUUAUUUUAAAUGUUAUAAAUUCUAAAUUCUAAUUACCUUUUGAAUAUUUUAUAUUAAUUAGUAAUAAAU